AACAACGUUUGCGACAGAGCAAUUGAAGAACAAUUGAAAAAUGUCCGAAUUAGCAACUUGCUAUAUGGACAGAGCAUUUGAAUUGGCCAGAGAAGCUUUAUCAGUCGGAGAAGUUCCCGUUGGUUGUGUUUUGCAUCUUGAAGGUUAUGGUAUAAUCGGUGAAGGAAGAAAUCGUGUGAACGAGACGAAAAAUGCUACGAGACAUGCUGAAUUAGAAGCAAUCGAUAGUGCUUUAUUGUGGAUAGAAAAGAAUGCUAGUGAAAGUUACUCUCAAGUGUUUGGAAAAACAGAAGUUUGGGUGAACGUGGAACCUUGUAUUCAGUGUGCUGGAGCUUUACAAAUAUUAGGCUUCGCCCGUGUGUAUUAUGGUUGCUCUAACGAACGGUUCGGCGGAUGCGGUUCAGUACUCGACGUCUGCGAAAAGGACAAACGCUUUCAACGUCUUCAAAUACAGGGUGGAAUACGUGCGAAUGAAGCUAUUGAGUUGCUAAAGGAUUUUUAUCGCUGUGAAAAUCCAAAUGCGCCCAAUCCUAAGUCGAAAGAAGGGAGAAAAUAAUGAAAUUGUUUCUUGUCACUGUGUAUCCAUAUAUUUCUAAUUCUAAGUAAAAUAAAAGUUUUGGUUACAAA